AUGCCGUCCAAGCCGAAUCCCUCCUACGGCAGCCUGAAAUUCACAAAGUCUUGUGAACGCCUCGAGCAGUACCUCGAAGACCAGGGUCUCCCCCCGCCGCACUACAAGAUCACCUCGGAGACGAAGCACGCCCAUGGCAGUGUCUACACCCUCUACCGCUGCGACCUCACUCUCCCGGGUUACCCGUACACUGCCAAGAGCGCCCGCCAGAGCACCAAGAACCUCGCCAAGGGCCAUGCCGCCUACCUGGGCUACAGUUCUCACCGUAACGUGAGCGGCCAGGCGAAGGAGCGGAUCAAGAAGAGGAACAAGCAAUACCUUCCGACUCAACCAGGCGGACUUGACCCGGGCGAGGAGGAACAGGACAAGGUGUUCGAGUACAACGGUGCUCCGCUCGCGUUCCAUGUUCCAGGCCACAAUAAGUUGACCAACGGUGGCAUUCUGGUUGAGGAGGAAGACGCCGUGUUCCUCAUUCUCGACGGCACCGCCAGCCAGCCAGCCCGCCCCCAAGCCGACCUCGAGCUCCUGGAGCGGAUCAAGAGCCGCUACUCGGACCGUCCGAUCGUGGCAGUGUCACGCCCGGCUAAAAAGGUGCGCUUCUCGCUCCCCCCUUCGAAGCCGCCCCUCCCAACCUUCACCGAGGUGGUCGAGCGCAAGAGGAGCGACCUCAUCCCGAAGCAGGCCAGGCCCACCAAGGUCCCUCCGGUUGUUGCCGGUCCUCAGUCGGCUCGUGGUGGAGCGGCGGGCACUGAGACCACCAAGGAGAAGGAGGCUGUCGUCAAGGUAGAGAAGACCGACCCCGCGUCCCCGCCCGCCAAGUCGGAACCGAAGGGAAGCACGAUCAAGAAGGCGGGCCGUGCUCCCGAUGAGCCAGUCAAGAAGAACGUCAAGCGCGAGCGCUGCUGA